AUGAGGGCGGCGGAGCAGGAUCGCAACGCGAAGGCUGCUUCGAAGCAGGCGAAGACACCCAAGUCCAAGUCCAAGAAGGGUAUUCCCAGUUCCUCGAUUAUCGAACACAACCGGAAGACCGAGCUCUGCCGGAAUUACGAGAACGGAUCGUGCACGUUCGGAGAUCGAUGCGCGUUCGCACACGGCUUGGACGACAUCAAACACAAGACUCUACGAGACCUGGAGAAGGAGGGACGCAUCGCCGAUGCAAGCAAGUACCAGGCCUGUCUAUGCCAGACAUGGGUGGCCACUGGAACCUGCCUCUAUGGGCGACGGUGUGUCUUCAUCCACGACGACCGUGUCAAAGGCACGAUCGGACUUUCACCCCGCACGUCCACGCUGGCCAAGAGCGCUGCCAGCAGAAUCAGCAGCAGCACCGGCAGCAGGGGCGGGGGCAGCGGCCGCGGGUCCUCUCCUCUUUGCCCCGCGGGGGAAGACAACGACAACGGCAGCCUCCUCUUCUUCCCAGACCGCCCCAGGGAUCCCGACAGCAGAGAGCUUCCUGCCGACGAGGUGCGGUACGAUAUCGACUUUGGUGUCGACGUCAACACCGGGCGAGACCACAGCACGGCGUACAAGCUGUGGUACUCCUUCAUAACCGUGAUGGGGAUCGACGAUUCCGCGAUCUUCGCCCGCGCCAGCAACAAGGGUGGCGUCGAGGAGGACACCAACCACACCAGCAGCGGCGCAAUCGCCAGCGGUGGCACGGGUACUUAUCCUCCCCCUACGACGGCGAAAAGGAUCAUCAGCUACAAGGACGCCGCCAGCGCUGGCGUCCACUUCAUUCCUCCCUCCGCCUCCGCCGCACGCGGUGCGGUCGGCCGUGCUUUGCCGACCUCCUCCGCCGUAAGCGCCAAGCUCAAGCAGCUCGACGCUGCCCCGCCUAGGUCAGACAACGGCAACAUCGAUAGUGACCCACUGCCGGUGUUCUACACCCUGCGGAUGGGAAUCCCGGCAUGCCCGGGUACCCCACCGCCGGCCGCCGCCCCGGCCGCGCUGCUCAAGGGCGAAGAUGUGGUGCUCGAGUACGGCUCGGUUAAAUCCGACUACGACGACGACGACGACUCGUACUUCUCGUGCCCUUCUUCGUCUUCUUCCUGGUGUUCCGCGGUGCCCCCACCCCCGGGUUUGGAGGGGGCCGUCGGGAAUGGUUCGUUCGUGCACGCCGGCGCGUUCUCUGCGCUUGGCUCGCCCGCGGCGACGAGCGACGUCGCGAGUGCUGUCAGCUUGGAAGGCGAAGACGAGUACGACGGCGUCAUCCACGACGGCUUCAGCUGCCUGUCGCAGCACCCCCGCGAGCAAGGCCUGGUCGCCAGCCGCUCGGCGGGGCCCGCAGCCGGUGCGCCCAGCGCCGCCGCGUCUCGCCCGUCGGGAACACCGGCCCGCCUUGCUGUUUUCGUGGGGCUGCACUCCGACACCGACACGAGCACUUGCACCAGCCCUUCGAGCAGCGACGGCGGCGACUACGGCGCGUGCCAGCUAGGCCAACCUGCCCACCUUGGUAGGGACUACGACAGGAGCUACGUGACGGAGGCCAACUCGGGCAUCGUCCCCGAUAGCGUCGGCUACGGUGCUGCCAUGGCGCCUCCGCAGUACGUCAUGGCCCAUCUUCACCACCGCCGCCAGCUAUGCGACGGCACCACCACCGGCGGCAGCGAUGUGCACGCGAUGGCGAAGCUGCACCGCGCCAUCCACGGCACCUUGCCGUCGUUCCUUUUCUGA